UCCAGGUAAUGGAGUAUCCUUGAAAAUGCCUCCGCGACUGUCAGCGCGCAGGCUGUUCCUCGUGAUCCUGUUCUUCCUGGGAGUGUCUCUGCUGGUGUCGCUUCACCACAGGUUCUCAUGGGUCCCCAGCAGGACCACCCCCAUGCAGGCAAACCCGGAGCCAGACGACGAACUCGUCGUGAUGGCCUCUGUCCCAUCUAUCGUACAAAACUAUGAAAGAGUCAAUUCCGAAGAGACUGAGCCGACCGAGAAGCAGGGCAGGCCCUGGUUCAUGGCCGGUGGCACUGAAUAUCCCACCAACUACAAGGGGCCCCCUAGGUUGUUCCCCGAUCAAGCCGACGGAGACAGGGUGGUGGACCAGCUGAUGUACGUUCCAGAAGACUAUCAAGGAUACGAUACUCCAGAGAAAGUGAUCCUCGCUUACAACGGUCUAGGUCCUUGGGGACAGAAAUCAGGAUCUGCCAGUUUUCACGGUUGCCCUGUCAACAGAUGCACACUAACAGACGACAGGAGUAAAGCCGCCGACGCCGACGCCCUACUUUACAAGGACACCUUCAUACAUCCCGGGGUACCGCGACCCAUGAAACAGGUCUGGAUUAUGUAUUUCCUAGAAUGUCCAUAUCACACGCAAAGUAUUAAGUUUGCUGACGUAAUCAACUGGACUGCAACUUAUCGACGAGACAGUGACAUUGUGGCUCCAUACGAAAGAUGGACUUACCAUGAUCCACAGGUCCGUCAGAAGGUGCAGCCACGAGACUACGCCGCGAACAAGACAAGAAAAGUAGCUUGGUUCGUAUCGAACUGUGGUGCUAGAAACGGCCGUUUAGCGUAUGCCCGAGAACUUGCCAAAUACAUUCCAGUAGACAUCUAUGGCACCUGCGGGCCCCUCAAAUGUCCCAGGUCCGACAAGAAAUGCUUCGAGAUAUUAGAUCGCGAGUACAAGUUCUACCUGGCGUUCGAGAACUCGAACUGUCGGGACUACAUCACGGAGAAGUUCUAUGUGAACGGAUUGAGUCAGAACGUGCUUCCCAUCGUUAUGGGGGCUAGGCCGGAGGAUUACCAAAGAAGCGCUCCAGAAGGGUCUUAUAUCCAUGUGGACGAGUUCGCUGGUCCCGAAGAGUUAGCGGCUUACCUUCAUAGAUUAGACAAAGACAACGCGCUCUACAACUCCUACUUCAAGUGGAAGGGAACCGGGGAAUUCAUAAACACUUACUUCUGGUGCAGGCUGUGUGCCAUGUUGCAUUCCCCGGUCCUUCCCAGGCACUACGAGGACGUGAACGACUGGUGGAGAGGUCCGGGAGUGUGCACAUCAAAAUCUUGGCGCAACACUGAGUUCGUGUAGACGCACAUCGUACUUAUUUAAACUAAGUCAUUUUAUUGUUAAUUUGUUGUUAAGUGUAAAUUAUUAAUGAUAAUUUAUUAAGUUUUUAUUAUA